GCACCGCCGCUCGAACCCGAGACUGAGGAAGAGAGGGAGGAAGUCCCGGCUGCCGAGCCGCGCGCGCACUGCCCACUCCUCUCCGACCCGGCGGCGGCCUUUCGGCUUUCUGCGCGGGGUGGGUGGGGCAGGGGUCCCAGGGGACUGCCUCUGGCCCCUCGGCGCUGACGGGAGCGCCCCCAUAAGGUAGUCUCCGGGCCCGUGGCCCCGACUUGGCCCCGCACAGCGGCCGUGGGGCAGCCCUCCCCACGGAGUUGGAAGCGACUUUCCCAGGUCCAAAAUGCCCAAGAAGAAGCCGACGCCCAUCCAGCUGAACCCGGCCCCUGACGGCUCCGCGGUUAACGGGACCAGUUCGGCGGAGACCAACCUGGAGGCCUUGCAGAAGAAGCUGGAGGAGCUGGAGCUUGAUGAACAGCAGCGGAAGCGCCUUGAGGCCUUUCUUACCCAGAAGCAGAAGGUGGGAGAACUGAAGGAUGACGACUUUGAGAAGAUCAGUGAGCUGGGUGCUGGCAAUGGUGGUGUGGUGUUCAAGGUCUCCCACAAACCAUCUGGCCUGGUAAUGGCCAGAAAGCUAAUUCACCUGGAGAUCAAACCUGCAAUCCGGAACCAGAUCAUAAGGGAGCUGCAGGUUCUACAUGAGUGUAACUCCCCAUAUAUUGUGGGCUUCUAUGGUGCAUUCUACAGUGAUGGAGAGAUCAGCAUCUGCAUGGAGCACAUGGAUGGGGGUUCCUUGGAUCAAGUCCUGAAGAAAGCUGGAAGAAUUCCUGAACAAAUUUUAGGAAAAGUUAGCAUUGCUGUAAUAAAAGGCCUGACAUAUUUGAGGGAGAAGCACAAGAUUAUGCACAGAGAUGUUAAGCCCUCCAACAUCCUAGUCAACUCCCGUGGGGAGAUCAAGCUCUGUGACUUUGGUGUCAGUGGACAGCUCAUCGACUCCAUGGCCAACUCCUUUGUGGGAACAAGGUCCUACAUGUCGCCAGAAAGACUCCAGGGGACUCAUUACUCUGUGCAGUCGGACAUCUGGAGCAUGGGGCUCUCUCUGGUGGAGAUGGCGGUUGGGAGGUAUCCCAUCCCUCCUCCAGAUGCCAAGGAGCUGGAGCUGAUGUUUGGGUGCCAGGUGGAAGGAGAUGCGGCUGAGACACCACCCAGGCCAAGGACCCCCGGGAGGCCCCUUAGUGCAUAUGGAAUGGACAGCCGACCUCCCAUGGCAAUUUUUGAGUUGUUGGAUUACAUCGUCAAUGAGCCUCCUCCAAAACUGCCCAAUGGAGUAUUCAGUCUAGAAUUUCAAGAUUUUGUGAAUAAAUGCUUAAUAAAAAACCCUGCAGAGAGAGCAGAUUUGAAGCAACUCAUGGUUCAUGCUUUUAUCAAGAGAUCUGAUGCUGAGGAAGUGGAUUUUGCAGGUUGGCUCUGCUCCACCAUUGGCCUUAACCAGCCUAGCACACCAACCCACGCAGCUGGCAUCUAAGCCUUUGGGAAGCAGCAAAGAGCGAGUCCCUGCUCAGUGGCGUGCCAUGUUGCUUUUGGGCCUCUUUUCCAUGCCUGUCUCUGUUCAGACGUGCAUUUCACCUGUGACAAAGGAUGAAGAACACAGCAUGUGCCAAAACUUUACUUGUGUGAUUUUUAAUAUUACUGUCUUUAUUCUUAUUACUAUUGUUAUUCCCCUAAGUGGAUUGGCUUUGUGCUUGGGGCUAUUUGUGUGUGUUAGUGAUCAAAACACAUGCCAAGCUGAAUUACAGUGAAACUUUGGUGACUGUGGGUAGUCAUUCUUACUGAUAAUUGGACUGCUGUUCCUGCUCCAUGACUGGCUGGCCACCUGUAUUUUCAGGAUUAUUUGACACUUGGUGGUACUUCAUUCUUGCUGGGCUACCUUCUGAGUGGAAGGGAGCCUUGUGAGAUUCUUUACAGGCAGUGCAUGUGAAGCAUGCUUUGCUGCUAUGAAAAUGAGCAUCAGAAAGUGUACAUCAUGUUAUUUUAUUAUUAUUUUUUUGCUUUUGACGUAGAAUUCAGCAGUUUCCAUCAAAAUCUAGCCAGAGCCCUUCACUGCCAUGAUAGCUGGGACUUCACCAGUCUGUCUACUAUAAUGAUUUGUAGACUUCUGGUUGUACUUCUAUAUUUAUUUUUAAAUAUACUAUGUGGGAUAUUUAGUGGUAUGUCUCUCUCUUAAGUUUCGAUUAGUGUUUCUAAAAUGGUGGAGUUAUUUUUGAAUGUCACAAACAGAUCAGGCAUUAAAAUGUGUCAGGUUUAUCUUUCCCCAAAUCCAAGUAUUGAUGCUACUGUAAACAAUGUGUAUAGUGCCUAAAAAUUGUAUGAAAAUCCUUUUAACCAUUUUAAUUCAGAUGUUUAACAGAUCUAGUCUCUUGAGAUUCUAAUAAAUAUACUAUCAAGUUAAAAAAAAAAGGGAAAGAUA